AUGGAUCAGCUAAUGCAGUUUGUUGAACCCAGUCGGCCAUUUGUGAAGGACUCAAUUUGGCUGGUUAAAAGGACCAAACCUGAUAGAAAGCAUUUGAAAAUUGGCAUGGCAAUGCCAAUAGGAUUUGCUGUAAUUGGAUUCAUUGGCUUCUUUGUGAAAUUGAUCCAUAUCCCUAUUAAUAACAUCAUUGUUGGUGGCUGA